AUGAACUUGACUCUUUGCAAGAAGGAUGAAGCCAAGUUAUCUGGGGAGGCACAACAUAGGUUAAACCCAAUCAUGAAAGAUGUUGUUAAAACUGAUGUGUUGAAAUUAAUAGAUGCGGGUAUUAUUUAUUCCAUCUCUGAUAGUAAAUGGGUAAGUCCUACUCAAGUUGUACCUAAGAGUUGUUUCAAGUUGGCGCAUGUGCAUUGA